AUGGCCGACUUUCGCCAGCUCGCCCUCGAGUUUGUGCUCGAGGACGAUGCUGCCAAGCGCAACAGCAUCGCUCAAAAAGCUGCCACAGAAAUCUCAAGCGCACCGCCAGCCUCGAAUCCCGUCGCGCGGUGGGUAGAGUCCGUCCAGCCAUGGAUGCCCGGCGGCGACGACGACGAGAUGCAAAACGGCCAAGACUCAACCGACUGGACCGCCAGAGCAAAAGCGCUCGAGUUCUUGUCGGAGACGAUCGACUUCCUGAAGCCCGACGUCUUGAAGCCAAGUCAAGUCAAACUUCUCGUGGCUUUCUUCGGCGCCAUGUUUGACGUCGACCACAAAGCAGGCAUCAAGCCGUCCGCCACCGCCUUGUCGCAGAUCGCCCGCAUGAAGUCCUUCCAACCACAGAGCGCUCGCGACAUCAUUUCCAAAGUUUGCACUCUCAAGGACGAUUUUCCCCGCCAGGUCGCAAAGACGCGUUUGGCAGUAUACGAGUUGCUGCAUCAGCUUGUCGUGGAUCCCGCAAUCGCCAGCGACUUGCAGCAUCGCGACUCAUCUUGCGGAUUCAUGAAUGAUCUUUUACAACUAUGCCAGAACGAGCGGGACCCCGACUGUCUGAUGGUCUGGUUUGGAAUUCUCAGCCACUUCCUAUCAAACUAUGCGCCUUCGAAGGAAAUGGCGGAGGAAGUGUACGGCACGUUCAAAGCCUACUUCCCCAUCACCUUGCCGCGUACCGCGCAGAGCAAGGUUCAACCAGCAGAGCUCAAGCGAGAGCUGCGGCAGUGCUUUGCGUCCAAUGACAGUCUUGCCCCCCUGGCUUUCCCGUUUCUGUUAGGAAAGCUGGACCAAGGGGAUGGGGUCACUGUCAAUGUCAAGGUGGACAUCCUCCAAACUAUUGACAUGUGCCUUGAAAAGUAUACGAGGCCAGAUCAGUCAAUCCUACCAUACGUCAACCGGAUCUGGAGUAGUCUCAAGUAUGAGGUUCGCAAUGGAGAGGUUGAGGAUACCAUCAACGCGACCCUCGAAGUGAUGAGGACCCUUACCACGAGAUUGAAGGGCGAUGAGCUGCGCGAUUUCAGCCUCAACGUCACUCGCGACUGCGUCGAAGACCUAUCAAACCCGACAUAUACUGCGGCGUCUGGACGACUGCUGGUCAGCGUUCUGAGCGCAAGCACGACUGCGUUUGUUCUGAUUGUAGCACCCGCCAUCACGCAUAUCAAAGACAACCUGCGUCACCCAAAGGUGCCGGCGCACUCGCGGGACUUGCACAAGAUUUUACACAUUAUUCUCGAAACCAGACUACUCCUGACCGACGUGGAAAUGACGGAUGCUGAAAGGUCCGACUUUGCAGCAGUGGAUUCAGUCUUCAAAUCACUCUACGCUGAUGUCUAUGGAAGCCCCAUCAAACUUGGCAGGGAUGCAAAUGCAUCAUACGAUGACAUCAAGCUGGCAACCGAGGCUGUCCAGGGAAUCGGAGCGCUUGCUCGCCAGUCGGUACUCACAAAGCGGGAGGCCCCAGACUCGACUCAGCCAAACGCGCACUUGUUGCUGCCUGGGACAACUUGUGCAGAGAUCUGCGACUCAUUGUUUGACAUCAUCUCUCUGCCUCGUCAUGACCAGUCACAGAAGGCGGCAUCCGAUGAGCUCGUCAACGAGAGUAUCAAGGCGCUUCAGCGCGCCAUACAGGGUUACCCAGAAGGAUAUCAGCCGCUGACUGCACGGGUCGCGGCCCCUAUUCGACAAAGCGACUCUACGACGAGUAUGGAAACCCCAUUUUCCGCGCAGAGGCUUUGUUCUAUACUCUCCGUCGUCGGAUUCUCGGACAUGAGGCCGUCGCAUUCAAAUGCCAUGAGGCAUUUCCUUGCCCUUGUAGGCACCGUAUACAAUGAACUCGUUGCCGCCAUGGCUGCUAAGCCAGAUCCCGAGUUUUGGGGCAGCCUGGUCGACGCACUGUUGGUGGCGUUGGAGUACUUUGACGAAGCUUGCAGUGGCCUCUUGGGCGAUCAUAUCUGGUCCGAAAGGACAUCAGAAGAUCCUUGGUCCCCCGACUUCACCGCAAGAUAUCCCGAACUCGAGUCCUUCGACAGCGGUCGGACAUGGACAAGUCAAGAAGGUCAAGAGUUUGUGGCUCCUAAUGCUCGAGAGGACAUUAUCCCAAACCGGGAAAACAUUUCCAAGGUGAACGACGAUGGGCUCCUCAUCAUCCUUGGUGUUUGCCGACAGCUCUACCGUCGCGCAACCAAGGCGCAACAUCUCUCGAGUGGGAACAACGGGCUUAACUUGAGUGAUGCACUCGCCAGGACGGAUAGAGGUGCAGAGGUUCGCUACCUGCAUCAGCUGUCAAACCUUGCCUCUCAUGUCAUCGACAAGAUGAGCAGCAAGAAGAUUUCGUGCCGCGGCAUGGAAACUUGGGUUCUGACUUUGUUCCGGGACGAAGACGUGUCGCUUGCUCCGGGAGUGGACUCGUCCACAGAUGAGCUGGUGGAUUGGCUUAUUUUAAGCCCUCUGAGCAUUCUUUCCGCGGGACUGCUGCGGAAUAUGCCACCGGCUUUCAUUGCUCAACUUUACGAGAUUGGGGUUGCACAGCGUGUCUUGGUCAGAUGCACCUCCUCCGCCGUGGAGUCGAGUGAUCCGACUGUGCUGCCGUCUACCAGGUCUAUCCUCGGCUACUUGGCAAACAAGUAUAAGCUCGAGACAUUGCCCGAGACGAUCGCGACACUAGAGCAGCAUUUGGCUGGGGCCUUGGAGCAGGCUUCUAUAGAGUCAAACCAGCAACAGCAAAGCAACGGAGUCGAACGAGCCCUGACCAUUUAUGUGGUUGUUGGGGCUUUGGUACUACGAUGCACUGGCAAGCAGACAAAAGGCUUACUCCAGCUGUUGCGGGAAGCUCCUGGUAGCAGGAUCUCCGGGUACCGUCUUGCGCGGGGCUUGGACAUCAUCGCUGGCUUCAGCAACGCAUACUUCGGCCGUGGUGGCGCCAUGAAGCCCCUGUGGAAACAGAAGCUCUACUUCGACCUUGUCCAGCCUAUGAUGGCCAUUGCUGUCGGCGGAUCACCCGGCAUCCAGGAGCCCCUCAUCAAAACCAACUACGCCAUUGCCACAUUGCUGAUGGUUCGCGAAAUGCCUUUCGAGGUGUAUGAAGAUGACUCGGGCAAGGUAGUGCGCGUGGCCAUCUCCGUUGCCCAGAACCUGGGAACCGGCCCAGACGCCAAGGCAGCAAUGGACGUGUUGAAGCAAAUUAUUACCAAGGCACCGGAGACUCUUCAAGGUCACAUUCGCAGCCUCAUCAAUGUCUGCGUUGCCUUGUUCUCGAGUCGGUCAACUGUGGUGCGCACCCGACCAGAGUGGAUGCCAGCAGACUACGCGGGCGGUCCAGCUGCGGAUUCUGCAGUCCAGGCUGAGAGUGGGAAGAUCGCGUUGGAGAUUGUGGGCGGCCUGCCUCGUCUCUUUGAGUCGAGGCAUGUUGUGCCCUUUGCCGCACAGGUGCAGCGGGAGCUGGCAACGGCGUGUGGACACCGCGUCCGGGACCUCAGGAAGACGGCUAGAUUGGCACGGGCUGCGUGGGUAGAUAUGAAGUGA